GCAGCUGCAGCUGCGAGAGGUCCAGGGAGAGUCGCCGCCAAGCCGGGCCGGACGAGGCGAGGCCAGGCGAGGCCAGGCGAGGCGAGGCCGUGGCAGGCUAGUGGGCAGCGGCGGCGGCGGCGGCGGCGGCUCUGUCAAUCAGGCGGACUUCCCUCCUGCACGCCCCGUGCUUUCCAGCAAGCCGCCUGCUGGUGUCUCUGCUGCCUUCGUCGAGGCUGAGCGCUGGAGAGGAGCGGAUGAGCCAGGGCAAGGAGCCGUGGGGCUGAGGUUGCCUGGUGGUGGGCUAGAGGGUGGUGCCGACUGCCCUCAAUGUGGCCGGGGCCCCCUGCAGCGAACUUGAAGGCUGGGGUUGGGCUGAGCUACGCCUGCCAUGGCUCCUCUGGCCGGGAUCGCCUUGCUUCUCGCCUGCUGGGUGCUCCUGUUGGCCCCGGGGGCCCCGCAGAGUCCCGGGGAGAGAGAUUAUAUUUUGGGAGAUCUAGAGGAAUACAGGCUGGUCACCCCAACUAGCACAGACUCAAAAGGCAGGUUCGUCUCCAAUGUCGUGUCGGGAGCAUCAAAGAGGCGCUGCCCAAGAGACACCAGGGAUCUUCCUCACGAAGCUGCAGGCAAGGAAAUUUUUUACAAUGUCACUGUUUUUGGACAAGAAUUUCACUUUAGAUUAAGGCCAAAUUCCCGGCUGGUGGCUCCUGGAGCAACAAUGGAAUGGCAGGAGGACUCAAACAUCACCUACACUGAACCGCUUCAUGGGGAUUGCCUGUAUGUGGGGCAUAUCACGGACUUUCCUAAUGCUUCUGUUGCCAUCAGCAAUUGUGAGGGGCUGAUCCCUAAAAGAUAUUUGAGGAAAACCAAAGGUUUGGCUGCUUUCCCAGAUUCUAAUUUGCCUAAAAAUGCCUGGUACAGCAGUAACGGUAGUGCUGUUUCAACUUCUCGAAUAGCAGAAGUGACUGAAUUACAAGGCACAUUGUGCCAAUUUAAUGACAAUCAGGGCUUGCAGCCACUCAUUAAUCUUCAGAAGGAAUCUGGGGUGUGGCUCCUCUUGCCUUAA